UGUCUCUCCAGUCUGCGUAGGGAGGGCUACACGGUGCAGGUGAAUGUGAACGACUACCUGGACAUCUACUGUCCCCACUACAAUGACAGCCAGCGCGUGGUGGGCACCGGGGAGCAGUACAUCCUCUACAUGGUCAGCUACCGUGGUUACAGGACAUGUGACCCCCAGCUGGGCUUCAAGAGGUGGGAGUGUAACCGCCCCCACGCACCAAUCAAAUUCUCAGAGAAGUUCCAACGCUACAGCGCCUUCUCCCUGGGCUACGAGUUCCACGUGGGUCAGGAGUAUUACUACAUCUCUACACCCACUCAUCACCACGGUCGCAGCUGUCUCAGACUGAGAGUUUAUGUCUGCUGCUCCACAGUAUCUGAUGUUAAUGUAGAACCAGGACAUCCAGAAACAGACUACACACUCAGACCAGACAUCAAAAUCCAGGACAUCGAUGAUUUUAACCCUGAGAUUCCUAAACUGGAGAAGAGUGUCAGUGGAAGCAGUCCAUCCAGGGAUCGCCUACUCAUCACCAUAGCGACGCUCCUUCUCGCUGCCAUCACCAUAUCCUAGCAACGGCCAUCCCAUCAGUGUCGCCAUGCCAACCAGCCAUGGGAGGGCUUGGGCAGGAGGGGUGAAGGAUGAGGAGGACUGAGGAUUUGGGGGAAAGGGGACAGGAGAUUAAGGGAACAUGGAAAAUAGGGAGUUAGGAGACCUUCUGAAUGACAUUGGUUGGCAAGGUGUGUGUGUGUGUGUGUGUGUGUGUGUGUGUGUGUGUGUGUGUGUGUGUGUGUUUGUGUGUGUGUCUGCUGCUGCUGCUGCUGCUUAGAAGACGACAUUCACACAGAGCAUGAAGAGAAGACCUUUUAUGACUUUGGACAUUGGGCCUGCAUGUGUAGGUAUGUUUCAGAGUGUGUGUGUCUCAACAUGUGGUGGAGGUAGCCUGUUGAAACAUGCACACUGCAUACAGCAUUUAUUAGAGAGGAGAAGAGGACCUGACUUUCUAUUGGAGCAGCUGAUCGCAAUGAAACACAGUGACACUUUUUCACGCAAUCUGAUUGGCUGACACAGUUCUCUUCUUAGGGCUAGUUGCCUGUUUCUUGCUCCGGAGACUGAACUGAUUGAACUUGACUGAAACUAACUGAAUUAUUGCCUUUUUGUUCUGCCAACUGGAUUCAACCAGAUCUAGUCUGGAUCCCUUCUGUGGAACUGGAUCUAGUGGUCCUCCUCCCAUGUGAUCUGGUCUGAUCUGGACCGUAGCAGCCUGGUAUGAAAGAGCCAGUCUGGGUCCAGGUUUCUGAACUGGGAAGUGGGACCACUCAGUCUAAUAUGAGAGAGGGAGAGAGAGCUACAGUACUGUAUCAGAGUAGUAAUAUGUGUCAAUACAAUGACAGCUAUAGGUUCUAGGUCAGUGGUUGUAUACAUUGUUAUACACAUUGACACAACCUCUGGCUCAUCAUUAAACCCCCUAGAGACAUGUUUGUCCUUCAUUCAUUCAUUCCUGGAUAGCAUUAUCUCUGAUCUCAGAGGUCAGAAAAGCACAGCAAUACUGUCAUCAAAUGCAUUGUAUUAAAUUGUACACUGAGGACCUCUCUUCCUCUCGCCUGGAGUCGGAUGGAAUGGGACUACAUACCACAGACUCCACAUGCCAAACUCUCCUGUUUUAUUUUACCGUACACACUAGAACUAGAAUCACUCUGUGUAUGUGUGUGUGUGUGUGUGUGUGUGUGUGUGUGUGUGUGUGUGUGUGUGUGUGUGUGUGUGUGUGUGUGUGUGUGUGUGUGUACUGACAAUACACACGGUAACAUACUGUACAUGUCUUAAGUUUAAGUAACUGAACAAACCAAGUGUAUCUGAACAUAUAGACAACACUAAAUAAACCUUGGGUUUAGGUUCUACAUGCAAACCAAGUGUAUCUGGGAGGACAGGAGAACAAUGGGUUCAACUUUAUCCUACAGUCCUCUGAUUGACAUGGUAUUUUCCUUCCUAGUUUCUUUGGGAUCAUAGAAACAAUCAUUUUGGUAGUUACUCAUUGUAUAGGUACCAGAAAGUACAUAUUGUUGCCAUGACAUCUUAGUAAAUACUAGGUUAAUACUGUCUGAAAGAGGACUGUAAAAUGAAGUGUUACUGAACAAUGUGAACAAACUGUACUAACCUGUUACCAUGGUUCUUGACUAACUCUUUUCACUAGGAACUGUCACUUUGUGGGCCAUGGUAACACCUUACCUUACUGCAAUGUGUAUAGGCAGUCUACUGUAGUAGGGCAUGCAUGGCUUACUGUAGUAGCUCUGAAGAUGAUGAUGAUGAAGGUAUGGAUGGCCUAUCGGAUACAGAGCUGACCUCUGACCUAUAGGGGUCAAAGAGGUCGCACGUCUUGACACGUGUCACAGACAUUCUAGAACUUUCACGCGUCGAGAAUGGAUUUUUCCGAUGUCUUGAACUCUGACAGAAUGAAAUGUGAUGUAAGCAUUUUUACAAACUUGAAGCUCAAUUUCCUUGUUCUGUAUUUUUUAUUUUGCUGUCGUGUACGUUGGGGCGCUGGGAAGGGGUAAACGUGGGGAUAACUGGACUAGAGACAUGCAGUACUGUAUAGGACACGGAGUUCCACUAACGUGGUUUCAGAUUGACCAUUUCAAUAAGCACCAUGUUGCAACAAAUGUUUCCAGACUGUCACAUUGGAAUGAUACUGUCAUUGAAACGUGGUGCCAACAUGAGGAACAGUUGGCUGAGAUCAGUAUGUAUACAGUAUG